AUGUCUAUCGUUGUUGUCUCAUCACCAAUGGUCCCAUUACCAUUCAACGAGAACGUGGCACCCGAGUGUCGUAGGAAUCUAUUGCCAAAGGCAUCUCCUAGGCCACGAGCCGCGGUCAGUCCAUUCGUCAGAUCGCCUAGUCCGGCACUUUCGAAUUCGUCGACUAUCCCAUCUAGACCUUCAAGCCUUACCGAUCUUCCUGUCCUUCUUGGUAAGGAAGAGAACAUAGAAGUUCCAGAGGUAAUGAAGAGUCCCGAAAUGAUUGACGAGGACGAAACCCCAACCAUUAUUUCUACCGGCCUAGACACCCCAUCCACGUCUACUAAAGAUUCCUCAAUUCUUGCCAAGCUACCAUUCCAUUCUCUACUUAAAACGCCUCUAAAGACCCCACUGAAAAAGCUGCCCCUAAAAACGGCACUUGUCAUCCGACCGCAAUUCGUUGCCAAGGAGAACACUGUUCAGUUGGAGAGGUUCCGAAGGUCCAAGACCCGACGAUUCUUCCAUCCGUACGCACAAGAAAUCGGAGCGAUCCAAGCCCUAAAAGAAGUGGCAUCCUCCCCUGACGAGGUUGCCGCCAAGAACGCAUCCGAAGCACUGACGAUCAUCGGCGAGGAAGUCCCCUACAAGUUGGCUCAACAGGUACCUGGCUGGACUUGUGACGACGUGCAGUACUGGGUCAAGAAGAUUGGCUUCGAGGAGUACGUUGACAAGUUUGCAAACCAAAAAGUCGACGGAGACCUUCUACUUCAACUCACCGAGACUGAUCUUCGACAGGACGUUGGAAUGGUGUCUGGACUUCAUCGUAAACGAUUCUUGAGAGAACUUCAAACCCUCAAAGUUGCUGCCGACUACUCUUCAGUAGAUGAAUCGGAUCUAGACAAGUUCCUGAUGGGUCUCUCACCAGAACUCUCUGUUUACACCUACCAGAUGCUUACCAAUGGUGUCAAUCGUGCCCUCCUACCAUCGUUGACAGAUGAAAUGAUGCAAAACGCGUGUGGAAUCACGAACCCAAUCCAUCGACUCAAGUUGACUCAAGCCUUCCAAGAUGCUAAACACCCUGAUGAUGUGGAAGUCGCAAUGCUCUCCAAGCAAAUCGACGUCUUCAUCUCCUACAGAAGAAGUACCGGAAACCAACUGGCCAGUCUUAUCAAGGUCCUCCUUCAACUUCGCGGAUACAGAGUAUUCAUUGACGUUGAUAAGUUGUACGCCGGAAAGUUCGAUAGCUCACUUCUCAAGAAUAUUCAAGCCGCCAAACAUUUCAUUCUGGUGUUGACCCCAAAUAGUUUGGACCGUCUCCUCAACGAUGAUAACUGCGAGGAUUGGGUGCACAAAGAGCUCAAAUGCGCGUUUGAACAUCAAAAGAACAUCAUUCCUAUCUUCGACACCGCUUUUGAGUUCCCAACGAAGCCUGAUCAAAUCCCGGAGGACAUUCGAAUGAUCACAAAGUACAAUGGUGUUAAAUGGGUCCACGACUACCAAGACGCCUGUAUGCAGAAGGUUGUCAAGUUCAUCUCCAAUGAGUUGAACAGAACCACACCGACAACCAAAGAAAUGCCAUCUGUGACUCGCAAGACCACCCAACAACAGAGAUGGCAAACGACGAAUGUGAUCCGCACCGGAACAUCGUCUAGAAGUAUUAACAGAGGAUUCGAGCCACCGACGCCGACUUUCACACCAAACGGCUCACAAGAACGUGCUCAAUCCACACGCCGAAAAAUCCAAUCAUCCGUUUCAACCGUCUCCGAUCAUCGGAAUUAA